UGAAUGAAUGCCCUCUGACCACAGAAAUUUGAACUUCCAACUACAAAUGGAACAAAAAAUUAAUACACACAGCAAGUAAAAACAAAACACUUAGGUCAUAGGUCAUAUAGGACCAGAGAAAGGUCCAGGGUCAUGCCUCCGUCUGAUGAGAUUGGUCCGUACCUUCACUACAUUUCUGCUUAGUCAUUUCCCCGCCUGGAUCACAUUGUUGGAUUAGGGUGGAUACUAAAGGGCAGCGUGUGAUUGGCCGUGCAGUGGGAGGCGGUUCUGUCAAAAGUUAAACAUCUGGAAGUUGUUACUGCUGAUGCUUGUGUUGGUGCUGGUUCACUCAGUAACUCAGUAACUGAGGUUUGGGAGAGAAAAACCAAAACUGAGAAAAAGAAGAAGAUGUCCUUCAUCAAAGUGGACGCAGCUUCUGACUUCUCCUUCCACAACCUGCCCUAUGGGAUCUUCUCCACCGCUGAUAACCCCCAACGCCGUAUUGGGGUUGCCAUUGGCGACCAGAUUCUGGUUCUCAGUGUGAUAAAGACUUUGUUUCAAGGACCCGUCCUUUCCAAACAUCAGGAUGUCUUUGAGCAGUCCACACUGAACGCUUUCAUGGCUCUGGGUCAUGAAGCAUGGACGGAGGCGAGGAGGACGAUUCAGCUGCUGCUGUCGGAGAAGGAGAGCACGCUGAGAGACGACGUCGGCCUCAGGAGCAGAGCGUUUGUCCAUCAGAGCGCAGUGACCAUGCACCUGCCUGCAGACAUCGGCGAUUACACUGACUUCUACUCAUCCAGAGAUCACGCCACCAACGUCGGCACCAUGUUCCGCGGGAAGGAGAACGCGCUGAUGCCAAACUGGCUCAGACUUCCCGUGGGAUACCACGGCAGAGCUUCGUCCGUGGUGGUUUCGGGGACUCCACUUCGCCGCCCUUCAGGCCAGAUGAGACCUGACCAGACGAAGCCUCCCGUGUUUGGUCCGUCUAAGCAGCUGGACAUUGAGCUGGAGAUGGCCUUCUUUGUUGGAGGAGGGAAUCCGCUCGGGGAGCCCAUUCCGAUCCAGAAAGCCCACGAACAUAUAUUCGGCAUGGUGCUGAUGAACGACUGGAGCGCCAGGGACAUCCAGGCGUGGGAGUACGUUCCUCUGGGUCCGUUCCUGGGGAAGAACUUUGGGACGACCAUCUCGCCCUGGGUCGUCCCCAUGGAGGCGCUGUUACCUUUUGCAGAGGCCAACGUAGUCCAGGAUCCAGAACCGCUGCCCUACCUCCAACACCACGACGCUUACACCUUCAACAUCAACCUGUCGGUGUCACUUAAAGGACAAGACAUGGACGCGCCAUCGACCAUCUGCAAGUCAAACUUUAAGUACAUGUACUGGACCAUGAAGCAGCAGCUCACCCAUCACACUGUCAACGGCUGUAACAUCAGACCAGGAGACCUGCUGGCUUCUGGAACCAUCAGUGGACCAGAUCCAGAGAGCUUUGGAUCCAUGCUGGAACUGUCGUGGAGAGGAUCCAAGAGCAUCGAUCUGGGAGGAGGAGAGAGCAGAACCUUCCUGAAGGACGGAGAUGAAGUCACCAUCGCAGGUUACUGUCAGGGAGACGGAUACAGAGUGGGCUUUGGAUCCUGUGUGGGAACCGUCCUACCAGCCUUACAACGCUGAGACCUCACAGUGUUACUGCUGCACCAAGAUCUGUGUUACUGAUGUUUUACGUGUUGAUUUAUGAUAAAAAAUCUUCAUCAUUUUUAA